AUGGCGCAAUCUGAAAAUGCAAUCGACAUGAUCAUUGUACUUGGCUCACAUACAAGUGGAGAGGGGUCUCCCAGUGAUAUGAUGAAAUCCCGAGUAGAUCAGGCAGCUCAGAUAUAUACAUCAUUAAAAGAACAAAACAUUGAAUGCCGUGUUAUUAUGACUGGGUAUCAACGACCAGAACAGGUGAGUUACAGCCGUAACUCAUGGUGCACUUUCCAUGAUGAAGUCGUGUAACAUUAGGGAGGCCAUGCCGGGGGGGGGGGGACCCAUGUCGCCCGUCUGAAUUUUAAAAUGUCUUGUGUCGGUGUUUAUAAAAUAUUAAUGCUUGUUGCUUAUUGUUGACUUUGCUGUCACUGUCGCAAUUCGGCCGAGGGAGGUUGUCUCUUGUCGCGAUUUCCUUUUACGCGCUGUCGCUACUUUUUGGGCCAUAUGUUGCUUGUCAGAAUUUACCCUGGCAGGGCCUCAUUAGGGUUAUAGAAUUGUUCCCUGAGAAAUGUGGGUCUCAGAAAAUUUAGGCCCGAUCUUGAAAUCUUGGAGGCAUUUACGAUGGGUCUCAUAGUCUCAUUUUUGGGUGAUUUUGUGUCUCAAGAGGCUCAAAUGUUUUUAAGUCUCGGUCUCGGCCUUGCAUUUACCAUUCUUUAUCCCCAACAUUGGAGGCUGGUUUAUGUAAUUAUUAUGGUGCAAAAGAUAUACAAAAAACCUGAAUUAAAUACAGAGCAAUGCAAUCAUGAGAGCCCAAAUUUCAUGCCAUUGCUGUAGCUAAUUAAAAACAUGUCACCUCAUGCUUAAUGCAAGUGUAAAGUUUUUGUUGCUGUGCUUCAUUUGAAAUUUUUUUAAUCUUGGGGAUUAGUACUGUAAACUGCUGCUGACAAUAGUAUUACCCCUGGGCUUAUGCAUUUUUGUAAGGGGUUAAGAACGGAUUAUAAACAGAGGGGCUUAUAUCAGAGGGGGUUUUUUAAUAACCCGAACAGAAAAUGUGCUACAAAACAAGCUAUAGUACUGCUGAUCAAAGUACCUUUUGCAUUCACUUUUUUAACACUUUAAACCCUCAAGAUCAAAGUUUGAAUUCUCAUUUGUUGCCCUAUUCAUUUCCUACAGAAGUAGCGGGGAGAAGUUGAUAAAAUAUCAAGAAAAUUCAUCUUGUGUGAUCAUGUCUGUAAUUCUCACGACCACUCUGUUUUACAAAGCAUUGACAUUACAAGGAGAAAUUUGAUACUGAUCACUCUUAGGGCUUAAAGGGUUAAGCUUCAAAACGUUGUAAUAAAUCAAGUUCAUUUCAAUACAUUUAGAGGGGGUACUGAGGGUGGGGGGCUUAUUGUCAGACAUAUUUUUUUGCAUACAGGUUGAUGCCAUAGAUGCAGGGCCUAUAACUGGGGGGUUUUGGAGGGGCUUAUAAGCGGCAGUUAUGGUCAUGUUAGCUUUAAUUGCACCACUUCUUAUUUUUCAAAUGUUCUGCUAAUCUAACAUCAAUCAACAGACUGUAACAGAGGCCAGUGCAAUGGAAACAUAUGCAACUGAAAACAGUUUAAUAGAUAAAGAACACAUUAUCAAAGAGGAGCAGGCAACCACCACUGCAGAAAAUGCCUAUUACAGUCGCAUCAUUGUAGAUGACCAUGAUGCAGUAAAUGCUCAUGUUGUAACAUCCCAGUUUCAUAUGGAGCGGGCAAAAAAUAUUUUUGAGAAGGUGAGUACCCGUAUUUAUUACAAUAAGGGCCCUUGAUAUAGUGCCCAUUGUAAAAGCAGAAAAAGUUAAUAAGUGCUCAGCCUCGAAUAAGCUCCUACCCCCUCCCCCACCCACUCAAACUCAAAUUAGCGCCCACCACCACCCCACUCCCCUUCCCCCUCCCAGCCAAAAAAAAUUAAGUGCGUGAGAGUAGAGUUGACGUUACGACAUCGGACAUAGAGGAAGCAGUGCCAGAGAACUCACUUGACUUGAGUGACAGUGAGGUUGAAAUAGACCUUUUUAAUGAUACGGCAGCCAUUUUGAAUUUAUUAGAUUUAAGAAAUAUUAUGGGAUGCCCAGGGGGCACUUGCUCAGUAUUUAUGCCCACUUUUCGCGCAAAGAGAAAAUUUCACUUUAUAUUUCGCAGUAAAAAGAUGAUCAUUAUUUUAUCCAAAAACGGCACAACGAUCUUUUUUUCCCAUUACAAUCUUUUCCUAGGAAAACUUAAAGAAAAAUUGGCCCGUAAAGGGCUCGUAAAUACUGGGCGAGUAUAUCAGGUCGUGCUCAUGCCCCCUGGGUAAUUCAAUAGGAUAUUAGUACUAACACGAGACUUCGCCAAGGCGGACUUUUCUUCAGAGUAUUUUACAGAAACCUUGCUUUGUUAUAUCCUCGUGUUUUGUUAUUACCGUUUUUCCUUUUGUUGCCAAAUAAACAUACUAAACUUGCUGAAAUGGUGAAACUUUAAUAAGCGCCCACCUUCAAUAAGCGCACACUCUCAAGGUCCAAAAACUGAAUAUUAAACGCCUAGGGCAGUUAAUCGAGUAAAUACGGUACAAGACUUGCAGUGACCACUUUUUAGUCCCCACAGCUCUACAAAGAAAAAUUUGGAAAGUUAUAAAUUUUCUUUGUUGUGUCCUGUGUCCUGUCCCAACCUUCCAUCUUUGCAGUUUGUUAUUUUACAAAACGCGAAAUUUUAAGUGAAUCAAUAAUUUACGUAUUGUUGCAAUAUUUGCUUCAAAAAUACUGAUUUUGUUAGAACUAGUAAUAUAAGUGCACUUAGUUUAAUGCUGUUAAUUUGAUUUUAUGCCCUGCCAACUUAUCAAACAAUAAUAUUAUUUCUUUCAUCGUUUACAUUACACAGUUGUACUCGCCGCAGGUUUAUAAUGUCAAAUUUUAUGACUGCACCCAUGAAAUGGAUGAUGAUGAAAAGAAAAAGAGAGAAAGCAGAGAAGAAAAAUACUUCCCUUUGAUUGAUGAUCACAUCAAAAUGAUCAUGCCAAAACUCACACUCCCUGAUGGCAAGAUGAUAGAAAUUCUUCAGUCAUCCCUGAUUCCAACAGACAUAUUUACUCAUGGCUUUACAAUGCGACAUGGUGGUGUUUCAACUUACAAGACCUUGUCGUCUCUAAACUUGGUGCAUAGUGACAAAAGGAGAGAUCUGUCCGUGAAUGUCCAAGAAAAUCGCCGUAGGCUGGCCCUCACAUGUCGCUUUGCCCCUGAUAAAUUCCGUGUAGCUAAGUGUGUUCAUGAAGCUAAUGUGUGGGUGGUUGGUGAUCAGGAACCAGACAGCUAUGAUGCCCUUGUUACAGAUAACAGUCAUGUGACUAUUGCCGCACCGGGUGCUGACUGUGUACCAGUUUUGUUUUGUGAUCCAAUAAAAAAGGUAUGUAAGACUAACUUAAGUUGUUUUGGUGUUGUUUGUUUGUAUUUUAAUUUAUUGCUAAUUUAAUGGAUACCAAAACUGAUGAGCCACUUUAUUGCCGUUAGGUUUGUGCUGCAGCUCAUUCAGGAUGGCGUGGCACUCUUGAAAUGAUAAGUGCAGCUGUAAUUGAGGUGAUGUUAACGAGAUUUGAGUGCAAAGUAAAGAACAUCCGAGUUGCUCUUGGACCCUCAAUUGGCCCUUGCUGCUUUGAGGUUGGUGAGGAUGUUGCUGAAAAGUUUUCCAAGGCAUUUGGUGAGAAGGUUGCGGUAAAAAGAGAGGGACAGCCCCGCCCUUUUGUUGAUCUGCGUCUUUCAAUCAGACUUCAGCUGGAGAACAAAGGAGUAAUGUCAAAAAAUAUUGAUGAUGGAACAGGGUGAGAAAAAUUAUGAGUUUUUCUUUUUGCAAGGAAAACAACCUAAUUUUAGCAGGGCUUCCCUGACACUAAAAGCUGACAGAGCUGGGGGCCAGGGAUUUGCCCCGGCUACAACAAACAUGACCCCAAGCUACUUAAAAAAAAAAAAAAAGAAAAGCCCUAUAGCUGGUCAAUUCCCCACCUACCAAUUGCGUGUACCUGGCACCUCCGUGGUAGUUAAGAAAAGUAAGAAAUUUUGUCAUAUGCCAUCAUUAUGCAAUAUAAUCUCAAGAAGCAGCCAGAAGUGGCUCUCAGCUAUCAUCUUAUGUGACCCUUGAAUUUCUUCAUCCUUGUAAAGGGUACCACAAAGCUAUCAGAACAAGUUUUUAACCCUUAAGUUAAAGUUGCAAUAGUGACCUGCAUCAGUUUUCUCCUAACAAUAUCCAUACACUGUCAAGAGAUAGGUUAUGAGAAUAAAUAAAAUGAUCAUCAAAAAGAAAAUGCCUUGAUCUUUUAUCAAAUUCUCUUAACUAAUUCUGUAAGGAAAUGUAUACAGAUCAGUUGUGGAGAAAUUGCGCCUGGUACCUGGGCUUAAAGGGUUAAAGGAAGCAACAGAUGAAUCCAAUCAUAAAAUCCUUUAACCAAUAAAUAAUUAUCGCAGGUAUGAUUCCAAUGGCCAAUGAAAUAUGUUUAUGAGAGCUUUGUGGUUCUAUUUAUAAAAGAUUCAGCAUGCAACCAUCCUUUUGGGGGGUGGGGGCAGGCACCCAGGUGGGGAGGCUCCGCCCGAAAGGGGUACCGUUUUCAGUUUUCAGGUAUAUAGGGUAGAGAAAUCUGUCAUUUGAGCGUUAAAAAGGCUCGAAAGGGCUAACAGAUGCAUUUUAUGGGUUGUGAAAAAGUAAAAAAGAAAAACGUUUUGGACGUGUGGUUUAUUCAUUAAAGAUAGUGCAUCAACAGAAGUUUAAAGGGAUACAAAGUUCUAGACUAGGUAAGUGCAAGGGGUACCAUUUGUCAAUAGAAGGUAUAUGAAAGGGGCACCUAUUCUGUCAAAAAUGUUAUAUAGAAGGUUAAGGGAUUGGACCUCAGGGUGUAGCCUCCCUGUAUAAUACUUUGUUGAAUACCCCCAGGGGGGGCAUCUGUAACCAAAUCACACAUAGAGCUGUUUACCUGCUUCUCAGCCCCAUGUGAUUACAUUACUUGAGGUGACUAUUUCAACUGCUUUUUUUUACAGUGUCACAGACGAAAAAGCAAACUCCCAACACCCAACACAGUGCACCAAGUGUGACCCAGAGCAAAGGUUCUUCUCAUAUCGACGAGAUGGUCCACAGUUUGGAACACAAGUAGGAUUUAUCCGUCUCAAAGAUUUGGAACAUAAUGCAAAUUGUAGCAUUUUAUGA